CGACGACACUGCUUCACCAUAUGCCUCACCAAACAGAAUAUUACGUUUCGACGAAAAAGAUGAGCGGAAGCACCAUCGGCGGUGCAAGUCCGUGCGGCGCAUGCAAAUUUUUACGGCGGAAAUGCGUAGCGGAAUGCAUAUUCGCUCCCUACUUUGACUCGGAGGAAGGGACGGCUCAUUUCGCGGCGGUGCACAAGGUUUUCGGGGCCAGCAACGCCUCCAAGCUCCUCUUCAUGAUUCCGGCCAGCCGGAGACUUGAUGCCGUCGUCACGCUUUCUUAUGAGGCUUUGGCUAGGCUUAGCGAUCCUGUCUACGGAUGCGUUGGUCACAUCUUCGCCCUUCAACACCAGGUGAUGAAUCUAGAGGCGGAGCUAGCCAUGGUCCAAACUCAGCUCUCAACCCUUCAAGGCCUUCCUCCUCCGAACCCUCAAAAGAGUUCACCGACAGAAGCAGUCUCUUCAUCUAAUGCACCACUCGUUGCUUCUGUCGACAAUAACAAAAUCAACAACGUCGUGUCUUCCUCCUUGUUACACGUCGCUCAUGGUAUGUCCCAACAGCAACAACAACAGCCAAAAGAUGAUAUUGAGGUCUCAACAGAGUCGGUGAAUUUUAGCACAUUGUUCGGCCUGGACGAUCCAUUAAUGGACCAGGGCGGUGAUCUCAACGCGCUUGCCCGUGAGUUUUUCUCUAAGUAUUUGACGGAAGUCAAACUCCGACCAUCUUCUCCGGUCUAACUAUGUUAGCUGCAGACCUUAAUUAUAUAAGUUAGAUCUCUCUCUCUCUUAAUUUAUUUUGUACUAACCGUGCAGCCGAGUAACUUAAA